AGAAUUAUCAUCUAGUCUCGACAAAGAAAGUGAUGAAAAUAAACGACUUAGUGAGGAAUUAGCAACCAAAGCAAGCGAAAACGAUGAACUGACAAGAAAACUAGCAGAAAGUGAAAAGAAUAGGAAAGCAGCUGAACAGUCAAUAACAGAUUCAAGAGGGGAAAUUGACUUAAUUAAUAAAAACAUAAAAGAGUUAGAAAGACUAUUAAAUGAUGGACCUACGCAAAAAGAUUUCGACGAAUUAGAAAAUAAAUACGAUAAUUUGCAAGAAACCACUGAUGAUAAGAUAAAAGAACUAGAGGGAUUAGUGAGUGAGGCCGAAAGACAAAUCAUAGAGUUAAAAAAAAGACCUAGCCGAGAAUUAUAUAAUGAAUUACAAUCUCUGCUUAAAGAGGCAAAAAGCGAAUAUGAAAGGGAAAAGUCUCGCGCCGACAGUUUAGAAAGUGACAAAAACGAACUCGCAACUAAGUCAGAAAAUCAGCAAACUAAAUUUGAUGAACUAGAAGAAAGGUUAAGAGAAUCAGAAGUAGAAGCCCAAGAACUAAGGAGUAAUUACGAAUCCUUAGAAAGAAAAUUAGAAAAUAGGGACCUUGUG